AUGGCUGAUAGCAGUUUAUAUGAAAAGAAGUUGAUGUUAGCUCCAAUGGUACGAGCUGGUAGGACGCCGCUUAGAACUUUGGUGUUGAAGUAUGGCGCUGAUCUGGUGUAUACAGAGGAAAUUGUUGACCAGAAACUGUUAGGUUCUCAACGAAUAAUAAAUGAUACACUUGGAACAACUGAUUAUAUUUGCAAAGAUGAAGUCGUUUUGAGAAUAUGUAAUCGAAGUGAAAAGCAGAAGUGUAUCCUACAAAUUGGAACAAGUGAUGCACAACGAGCCGCGAAUGUUGUUAAAAAAGUUGAAAAGGAUGUAGCAGCAAUUGACAUCAAUAUGGGAUGUCCGAAACCAUUUUCAAUAGCUGGCGGUAUGGGUGCUGCUUUGUUAAGAAAUUCUGAAAGGGCGAAAGAGAUAGUACAGGCAUGUGUUUCCACUUCAGCGGUUCCAAUCUCUUGCAAAAUACGUGUCUUAGAUAAGCGGGAGGAUACACUCGAAUUCGUAAAGAUGCUCGAAAGGUGCGGUGUUUCGGCAAUCGGUAUACAUGGUCGACGUAGAAGUGAACGACAAAGUGAUAUGAAUCGUUUAAAUGAGAUCCGCGAAGUCACUCGAAUAGUUUCUGUACCAGUUAUCGCGAAUGGAUUCUCCGGUUCGAUAAAAGAAUAUGAAGAUAUUGUGAAGUUUUGGGAGCAAAGUGGUGCAAGUAGUGUGAUGAUAGCAAGAAAAGCUCUCAGUAGUCCGAGCAUAUUUCGUCCAAAAGGUUUCGUGUCGUUCGAGAAAGAAAUAUGCGAAUUUCUAAAACUGGCUUGCAAGUAUGAUGAAAGCUUCACUUCGACAAAAUAUGUGGUGCAGAGGAUUCUUGGAUCUAAGCAGGAAACUGAUGAACGCGGGCGAGAAACUGUCUUAGCAGGAAGUGUUUCAGACAUUUGCAAAGCGUGGUCCGUUAGUGAUAUGUAUCAUUGUUAUAAAAAUAUUCGAAGGCUAGCAACACAAAGGCGAAGUUUUGAAGUGGAUAGUGAAACAGGAAUAAGUUUUAUUGAUCUCACAUUUCCAGCUAAGCGACUUAGAGAUAGAAGUGGAGCAGUAACUCCAAAAUGUGUUUUGAAUAUUUUAUGCGAUGAAAGUGGGAUCAAACGACCAAUUUAUCAAUGCAAGCUUCGUAUAACUGAUAAAAGAUAUGAGGCAACCGCUGAAGUCGACAGUAGGAAGUUCUCAUCGCGCAUUGGGCAACCAAACAAAAGAAUGGCCGAACAGGUGGCAGCACUGGCCGCCUUGAUUGGCCUUGGUAAGCGUGAAAAGUUACCUGGCGAUUGGGAAGAAUUGUGA